AUGUUGGACACAGUGAGGAUCCGCUGGAAUGGAAGAUGUUAUAAGGGAAAGGUACUGUUUCCCACUCACUCGAGUAACAUUUUGUCCCUAAUUUCAGCCUGCUACGCUUAUAGUGACCUGCAGGUACUGUUCACGGGGCCAAAAGAGAUAUGUGAAAUGAAGUCAUCUGCUGUGACCGCAGACGGCGAGAUUGUCAACGAUGUUUUCGACAUCUCGCCUCCUGCACAGGAUGUGGGUCAACAUGACGACGGUGCUACUACAGAUUCAGCUGAUCCGGGCCCCUCUGCAAAGGAGCGAGAGAUCAUGACGAGGCUGAUACGAGUCGAAGAAGAUAAUUCCUUAAUGAAAAACAUGAUGGUCCAAAUGAACUCCUUGCUCGCAUCGCACACCCACAGACUGGAGCGCAUCGAGCAAAUCGGCAAAGAGCUUUUGAGGCGAAACCCGGCCAAACAGAGUCAAGGGAACAUCGUUUAUGCAUAUGUUAGUGCGAGGGCCGUGGCCGAGUUGCGAGAACUAAAAGGGCAGAAUAGAAACCAUUUCGCGCUGGCCCUAGAAAAAAUGGUCCUCAGCGACGACCCCAAGGAAAUGGAGUUACUCGUAGAUGACCGUAGUGAGAAAGAGAGAGUUCUCUUCUAUUCAACAGUGCGUUCACAAGUAUUACGACAUUCCCGAACGAACGGGACGACGUUUGGAGGAAAAUCGAGGAAACGCUUAAUAGUCGCGUUAGGAGGCUUAGAAAAACUAUAG